CUCCUCGUUUAUUCGCCGCUGUGGUGACGUGGACAAAGAGACGAAGACGAAGAAGGAGAAGAAGCAAAUAAAUGGUGGCGAUUAUGGGAACGAUCGUGAUUGAAAACGAAAUGUAAAAGAUAAAGACAAAAAAGAAAUCGGUUUCCCGCUUCUUCUUCGUCUUCUCGUUCUUGGAUCGAUUACAAGAACAGAGGUGCGAGAGAGAGAGAGAGAGAGAGAGAGAGAGAGAGAGAGAGAUGGAUGCGUGGGGCGAUCAGAGGAGAUGAAGACUCCGGACAGUGCGAAGAAGAUCGGGGGGACUGCGAAGUCCAAGCUCGAGGAUUCCCCAGUUUACAAGUUCCUCAACAACUUAUCUCCUAUUGACGCCGUUAAAUCAGUAGGCUCACUACGCACUGUGCAAACGCUCCAGUUCGGAAAUUUUGCUCAUUCUUCUGCGUUUAGUACACCGCAUGCCGAUCGCCAAGGAGAAUCCGGACAACCGAUCAGGAAUCCUUUCGAUGAACCCUCUAAGCGUGAGAUUUCUCUUGGCGGUUUCGAUGGUAGCAACCGAUGCACAGGCGGUUUCGAUGGUAGCAACCGAUGCACAGGAAGUUCGAGUGAGACUCCGUUGUCUAGUUGCACAGCGUCUGCACAAGAACCUCGCAGCGUUGCAUGUUCGCUUAAUGACGCCACAAUCGAGCCUCCUAGCGGCUCUUCAAGCCUGUCGCGCAAUUUGCCUCCUCUAAUGCAAUAUGAUGCUUUUAGUCCAGACUAUAAUAAAGAACUUUGCUACGGUGUCACAACAGAUGUUAGUGCAGAUAUGGGUCCCAAAACAGUAGAACAGGUUAAGGUUGUUCCGAAUUGUUUGGAUAAUGGAAAUAUCGUGUUUGGCACUGAAAAUGUGCUUCGGGAAAAGCAAAUACCACAUCAAAAUAGAGAUGAAACAGUAGCAUCCGAGUGGGGGAAAUAUGUUGCUUCUAACGCUGGUGACUUGUCGAUUUGUGAUUCACUAACUGAAGCAGAGGCUCAUUUACUUGGGCAGAAAUUAGCAGAUAAUAAUCAUUAUUAUUAUUCACAUAAAACACAAGCUGGUAUGUCUAGUGGUUAUUAUGUCCAGAAUGUCACACUGGAUCCUCAAGCGAACAUUGUUGAAAUGGUUAAGAAAGAAGAUCGAAAGGAUCACCGACCACAAAUGCUCUCAGGUACAAAUGAGCAAAUUCAGGGAAGAAUCGAUAAGCCUAUAGAUUGCAAUACAUUAGGCUGUAAGGUUGGUUCCCAGCAACAACGUGGCAUGUGCAGGCGCUGUCUAUUUUCUGGAGUUUCUGGGAUAUCGGAAAAGAAUGGCGAUAGUGACUCAAAUGUAGAACCUUCAAUUUCAAAGACAUUCACCGGUAAAAUGGCUUCAGCUGGUAACAAUUUGAAGCCUGGAACAAAUACACCACCUUUUGUUUUACCCAAUAUGAGAUUUCAUUUGCAUACCUUUGCGACCACGUCAAAAGACAGAAUAGUCUCUCAACAUGCUCUGGCUUCUGGGCAACAACUAAUAAGUAUUCCAUCUGCUAUUGAACCUUUUCAUGCACCAGCGGGUGAUCAGAAAAGUGGAAUUGAGUCAUUGGGUGUUAGAAAGGAGUUGCUUCUUUCUGGGAGUGGAGUUCAGGAACUUCAGGAACUUCAGGGUAGGUAUGAUGAUCAUUCACUGGCAAUUGUGCCCGCAAGUGCUGAGAAGUUAAGUCAAGGUAGUCCCCAGAAGAAAAAGGGCAAGUCAGAAAGUUGUGGCCAGGCUAAUGCGCGCAAGCGUUGUAGCUGUAAGAAGUCCAAAUGCUUGAAACUUUAUUGUGAGUGUUUUGUGGCUGGGAUAUACUGUUCUGAACCUUGUGCAUGCCAAGGUUGUUUAAAUAGGCCCAUCCAUGAGGAAAUAGUUCUGUCUACCCGCAAGCAGAUAGAAGCUCGGAAUCCACUUGCCUUUGCUCCCAAAAUAAUUCGAACAUCUGGAGAAGGCCAAGAAAUUGGGGAAAAUUCUAACAAGACUCCUGCUUCUGCCCGUCAUAAAAGAGGAUGCAAUUGCAAGAAGUCAAACUGUCAAAAGAAAUACUGUGAAUGCUAUCAGGCCAGUGUUGGGUGCUCUAUUAACUGCCGGUGCGAGGGUUGUAGGAAUGCUUUUGGAACAAAGAAUGGUAUUGUGCCGAUAGUUAUUGAGGAAAUCGAACAUGGAAAGCAAGAAAAGGAUGCAUGGGAGAAAGAAAUGGAAGAGCUACAAUGUUACGAGCUUAAUGUCGAGAAUGAAGAACAUCAGUCUUUUGAAAAUUUACCCAUGAUACCUUUCGAAGCUCGCAGACCGCUGGCUGAAUUGCCCAACUUCAUAAAUGCAAAGCCGCUGCGAUCUUCUGCAAAUAAUGCUGAAUAUACUUCGCAGCACAAGUUCUACAGUCACCCUAACCCCGUUCUCUAUGAUGGUGCGUCGGAUGCUGCAAGGGGUAAAGAAAAUGAACCCCUGAGUUACGGAGUGAAGAUACUUUCACCGAAUCGAAAGAGGCUUUCACCUGCGCGUGAUCGAAGUGGGCUGGGUCAUCUCCGUUGAGAAAAUGCGCCUAGAGAGCAAUGCUAUGAUUCAUUCCUUCAUGAUUAAUUCUGAUAAUUAUAUUAAUUCUUUUACCUGAUCCAAGAUUAAGCUAUGAAUCUGUUAUGAAGCUGCCGAGUUCAUUCUAAUGCUGGUUGUUUAUUAAGUUUCCUGGCAGCAAGUUUCCUGGCAGCAAUGCCUGAGAUUACCGCACUCGUCUUCAUUUGAUAUCAUAACCUGAAAUUCUUUCUGCUGCUUGACUUGCAUCAACGGUGAAUAAUUUAGCGAGCGAGUGGUAAUGUGUAAAAUGAAUGUUUGAACUCUUAGUAAAAUGUCUUAAUGUGUGUCUAUAUUGAGUCGA